GAUUUGAUGCAGUGUUUUAGUAUUUUUACAACGAGCCUGUGGCUCCGGCAGGAUACAGUUGCACGCUCUCAACGUGAAGCCGUCUUUUGUUGCUUCGUCCCGGGCUAUCAGCCGAUGGGCGGCCGCCUCCUCCGCUCGGAUCCCUAGUGCCACUUUACAAAAAUCCGAGCAAGCUUUCAGCCGGUGCUCCUAGCUUGCAAAUGCAAACGAGCACACAGCAGCCAUUGUGUGUGUUGGUGGAUCUCUCCGCGUCCCCGGCGUGCAGACCUGCUGUGUGCACAGGCCUGAUCGAGGGGGAACAGCAGCUAUAGCAUAGAACAAAAUGGGGCCUCUAAGUAUGGUUUUGUAUAAAGGUGUCCAGUAGUCAUUUGCAGGUGGUGUCCCUGUAGUAUCGUGCUGUAGACCUCUUGUGUAGCAGGGCGCCGAUGAGACAAAAAUAGAGCUGGAAAUAAGCGCGGAUUAAUUGAGUUAAACGGUGCGCGGUUAGGUCGGUCAUUUGGGUUUGUUGUUGCGGUCGAAAAGCUAAGCAAACAUGAGCGACAAGGGUACAGUCUCAUCAAAAGACAAGGAGGCGACAGAGAAGAGAGGGCGUGGAAGACCCCGCAAGCAGCCCCAGGUUAAAUCCUCAGACGAGGCAAGUGGGUCCCCAACUCCAAAGAGGCCCAGAGGGCGACCAAAGGGCAGCAAAAACAAGUCGACUGGCAAGGGCAAAAAAGCAGCUGGAGCCCCAUCUGCAGGAGGAAAACGCAGGGGAAGACCCAAGAAGGAGGAGAAGGAGGAAAAGGCAUCCCAAGAAUCGUCUGAGGAAGAGGAGGAAGAGGACCAGUAAUUCAACACACGCUACCUCACUCAACAUACUGACUUACUGUUAUCCAGAAACUGGGCUGUAUCAACACCAGUGCCACCACAUGACCACUGUUCACGACAAAGCCCCCUCCCUUUGCCAAAGGACGGGGUUAACACAGUACAUAUAUCAUGCAGCAGCACUGGAUUUAAACAAAAUGGACUUGAUCAAGCAUAGAUCUAAGUAUUACAUGACAGGUAACAGCCCUUCUUCUACACGUCAUGUUAUCACAAGUCUUUUAUACUGGACAAGGUGUGCUCUGAGGAGCCUGGGUGUUUUUGGUCUCCCCUAAGGACAGUUAGGACAUUUUUCCUCUGCUUAGUGUCAUUUCUUGCAUCUGCAAUAGAACACAUAGACCUUCUUGUUUUGUACUGGACAGAGGUAAAUUUUACCCAUUUGCUGUUAGUUUUUUCCUACAUGUGAGUGAAGUGGUUAACCUACCCUUUGCAUUGUAUUCUAGAUGGAGAUGAGCUUCAGCGUUUAGGAAGAGCAUGGGUUACUAAUGAUAGGUGUCCGUUUCAUGUCGAGGUCAUUUUUAUUUAAAAAAAAUCUCUGGACGGAUUUGAGCAUCUUGGACCUGGAUGCUUUUCCUGUAGAGCAGUAUAGAUUUUAGAGACGCUUAUCAAAACAUUCUCAGUCCUUUUUGCAUGUAGUGGGGAGAUGUAAAGUAAGUUUUGGUGUUUUUCAUCAGAAUACUCUGAUCAGACUUGCAGUUUGCGUUCCUCUGGGUUACAUACCAUUUAAAAGAAAUCAUGAGUGUGCUGCUUUUUGUGUUUUUAUAACUCGAUUCUUUUUGGUAUAUAUUUAGGCAGUUUUAGGCUGAAAAGUAAUGUCGUUUCUUCAGGGAGCUUUUACAAAUGUGGUUAGACUUUAUUUUGUCCUUCCCUUUCCCUCAAGCGCUCACUCAGUCACUGCAAUUGGUCAAACAAGGAGUAUGAUUGUAAUAGUGGAUAGUUGGUGGCACUACUAUCCAACAGGGCUGUACAUUUUUUAUUUCUCAUUCCAUUUAGCCACCAGUGCUUAACCUAGCUUCUUCCUCACUUGGUAAAUGUAACAAACUUAUUUUCUGAAGGUGUGUGUUGUAUGCUGUCUACUACAAAUAUUGUUUUUUUCCAUUGUCAGGGAACUGUAUCCAUAGUACACAUAACUGGGUUUUUUUUGUUGGUUUUUUUUGGUUCCGUUUUUCCCGCACACACCUAAGCUGCUACAACCUCAGUUACAAAACCCCGGAAAACUGCAAACAGGCAAGACGAAGCCUGGGUUCUCAUACCUCAAUUUAACAGCUUAUUUCACCUACCGAUUGCAUUUAACUGGUUUUCUUUUUUAUGUAACUUCUGACAAAAGUUAUUUUGGGUUGUUUUGUUUUUUUGUUCAUCAAGUUGACUAGGUAUAAAGUGUAGUUGUGCGCCAGACUUUGCAGACAGUUUUUUAAAUGUCUGAAGCAAGUCAGGGAGACCUGUCAGCUCAACGAUUGUGUUCGCUGACUGUGGUAGACUAGCAGGUGGUUUUUUUUGUUUUUUUUUUUCUGCACUGAAAUGUUGGAUUUUUAUGGACAAAUGAGUUUGUGUAGACUAGGCCCUCUUCAAUGUUCAGUCGGGCACAGUGUGUUCUGCAUUAAUGCACAGAGCGACUCUUACCAUAUUCAUUCAAGUCGUACAGUCUCCAUGUCUUCUAUUUGUCCCCUUCCAAUUACACAACUGUAUCUAGUCAUUUCUCAUCAUGCAUUUGUUGAUUUAUAUACUGUAAACUCAAUAGGAUGGGAUCAUUCUUUUUAAUGUACACCUAUAUAAAUGUACAAUGUCUAUAUUUCUAUGGUGCCCUACAAUUUGUAUCAGAAAUGGUCAAUAAAGAGAACUUUCUUUGUCA